AAGAAACAACCUGCUCUGUUAAGUGAGCUUCGAAGAAUAACAAACCUAGAUCCUAACCAACAUCCCUUCCUUGAAAUAAAUCUUGGUUCUUCACAAACCAGUAAUAAAAAUGAAGCCCAAUCAAAUUUGGAUCACACAAUAGAGGCACAAAAGUUAUGCACACAUCCAAAAGUUAAAAAAAUUUCGUUCUCGAACAAGGAUGGAGGUCGAAUUUAUUACUGUGGGCCGUGCUUGGGUAUAUGUCGGCCAAAUAGGUAUAUUUGCGCUGCUGUGGAACCCAAUCUAAAAGAAGCAGCAACUAUUACAACCUAUCAGAUUUCUUGUGUGAACCUGGAAUCUCGACGCAAGCAAAUAUCUUUGGUUGAGCAAGAGUUUCGAUUACUGGAACGUAAUGUUCACCACUCAGCUCUCAUUCCGUUGCUAGCCUUCAAAUGGGAAAUGUCAGAAGAUGAAGAAUGCUUUUAUCUCUAUGUUGCGGAGCAACUUGUGCCUGGAUUAUCCUUGAAUUUCUUUAUUAAUAGAGGCUUUAGCGUUAGCGUUGACAUAUUGCGCUAUAUAACCGGUAACAUACUUCAAGCGCUUCAAGUCCUGCAUAGAGCUAACGUGGUACACAAAAAUCUUCGUCAUAGCAGCAUUUUUCUGGACAGCUUUGGUGAAGUUAAAGUCGGUGACUACAGUCUUGAGUCUAGGAUCAAUGAAAUUUUUUCCAUUCAAGAUGAUCGACCUUCGUUAUCGAUGUAUCCUUCUGCUCCUGGAAGAGGGGGGAAAAGAGGAGAUAUCCACCGACUAGGCAUUCUUCUUUGGACUUUAUAUCAAGGAAAUAUUGUUCACCGUUGGGAUUGCCUGAAGCUUCCGUCAUCCAUGCCGCUUUUGCUAAGAGAUUUAAUAGGGAAAUGCAUUGGUUCUGAUAUUGAGAAAGAUAGAAUGAGCAUUGACGAACUCUUAUCACACGCUUUUCUCAAGACGCCGAUUUUUCGAGAACACCAAGAACAGGAGGAGAGUAGAGAUGACGAUAAAUUUCGAUCUGAUGUUCCACAAGUUGCUUCCAGAACGGAAAUGCCUCAUAUCCCAUCGAGGUUACUCAGCGAGUUUGAAACACUCCAGUUCUUGGGCUCUGGGGGGUUUGGAGAUGUUCUUAAAGUACGGAACAAGCUAGAUGGCAACAUUUAUGCAAUUAAAAGAAUAUUGCUUGAUGCCAAAAGUCGCCAACUCAACAAAAAAAUUACUCGCGAAGUCAAACUUCUUUCUCGUCUCAAUCAUGAAAAUAUCGUCCGGUAUUACAACUCUUGGUUGGAAACUGUUCAGACUGAUUCGCCUUCUCGUUCAGGACAUAGCGAAAGUCGGGACGACCCCAAAGUUAACGGAAUGAAGCAAAACAACGUUGCAGAAUCAGACAGCUCGGAUUUAUCUCAUUCAAGAGGCCCAUGGUUUAUCAAGCCUCAGGAAAGCAGUUCAUCAGGAGGUAUCGAGUUUGACUCAGAUGGUCUAGAAAGCUCAUCGUCGGAAGAAGAGGAAUCUUCCAAGGAAUGGCAGCAUGGCAUGGAAAGAAUAAAGGUCCUAAGUUCUCUUCGACUACCAGAAAUCGUUCUCCCGGUUUCAGAUAAUCUAACUGGCAAAGAGGUUCAGUUAAUUAAUUGGUUACUGAAUCACAAUCCAAGUGCGCGCCCCUCGUCCACGGAAUUGCUUCAAUCCCCGAUUUUGCCUCCUCCGCAGCUAGAAGAAGCUGAAUUACAGGAAAUGAUCCGCCAUACUCUUUCCAACACACAGAGCAAAGCGUACAAACAUUUGGUGGCUUCAUGUUUUCAGCAAAAAAUGACCAUCUCUGAAGAUCUAGUCUACAAUAUGGACAUGACCUCUUCAGCAGGAUUGCAGCAAUCAGCCUGGAUUUUUCAGGCCGUGCAAGAAGUUUUUGUUAAACAUUGUCAGCGAAGAGGGGCUAUUUACUUUAAAACUACGACAUUAUCUCCUAAGAAAAGUCAACCAAAUCAAGGAUUGUCACAGGUUCUUCUGAUGAAUCACGUCGGUAGCAUAGUGACUUUACCAACGGAUCUUCAAACUCCUUUUGCCCGAUUCAUCUCCCGUUCCAAUCUCACCUGGCUAAAACGUUACUGCAUAGAUUACGUUUAUAGCGAAAGAAAACUCGUAGGCCUUCACCCCAAGUCGUUCCCGGAACUCGCAUUCGACAUUGUAACCCCUUCACCGUCAUCAGUACUUGCAGAUGCUGAAGUUUUGGUCACAAUUUCAGACGUUUUCUCCGAUCAGUGCUUGAAAAUUGAAAGGAAAAUAACGCUCGAGUUGGGACAUCAUUUGCUUCUUAAAGGCGUGCUGAUCCACUGUGGCAUCCCCGAGGACAAGCGUUCGGAGCUUUGCCACAUACUUAAAACGCGCUCGAAAUCCGAAGGGCAAAUUCAAAACAAAACAGCGAAAUUGGCUAUCUCGCGCCAGUCGAUUGAUAUGCUUUUAAAUUUGUUGGAAAGUCGGAAAGGAGAAGCAGCAUCUUUGGCCAAACAAGCGCUACACGAGCUUGACGCGAUUGCCACUCACGCUGAGUGCAUGGGGUUACGAAAUACCUAUAGCAUACGCAUCGACACCGCCCUUCAAAACUACACUACCCAUUGGGGUAUGGUCUUCCGAUUUGUUUGUCGAUCGAACUUGAGAAAAACUAAGAUUGACGACGUCUUAGCGACCGGAGGUCGUUACGAUGCAUUGGUCAGAUCUUUUCAGAAUGCACUUGUCAAUCGGAAUAAAGUAGAUGGUGAGCCAAUGAGUCAACCCACAGUCGUUGGUGGCUUCAUCCAUUUAGACAGAGUUGCAGCCAUCCUGAAAGAAACUGAGGUUGUUGAACGUAAUUCGAUUAUUACGGUUUUCAUCAUUAACAUUUCAGUGUGCUUCUUAGAAAAGGGCACGCAGUUUCUUUAUGGAAUCGUGUGGUCCUGACACGGAGAUUAUUGAUCCAACGCUGGCUUUUUCCCAUGACCAACGUUCUGCUCCAUCCUUAUCUUCCCGACGUACGCUCAUCCAGCUUCUUACACA